AUGGCUUCGCAGAUUCACUUUUUGGAUAUCAAGGGUAAACCUUUACUAUCGCGAGAUUACAAGGGCGAUAUCCCACCAAACACAAUUGAAAAAUUCCCCAUGUUAUUAUUGGAGUUGGAAAAUACCAUCGAUGAUGGAGAGUAUAAGCCGUUUAUAAAUGAUCAAGGAAUCAAUUACAUUUUCAUUAAUCACAAUAACUUGUACAUCUGUGCACUUACAAGAAAGAAUGAAAAUAUAAUGACAAUAAUCAUAUUCCUAUCCAAGAUGAUUGAUGUCAUGACCCAAUAUUUCAAGUCUUUAGAGGAGGAAAGUAUAAGAGACAACUUUGUAAUCAUAUAUGAGCUCUUGGACGAAAUGAUGGACUUUGGCAUCGUGCAAACCACCGACUUUAAGAUUUUGAAGGAGUACAUUACUCAAGAUUAUUACUCGUUGAUCAAAAGUACACCAACGCAUCUUGUAGCUCCACCUAAUGCACUUACAAAUGCUGUUAGUUGGAGGAAAGAUGGCAUUUCUUAUAAGAAAAACGAAGCAUUUUUGGAUGUUGUGGAGAGUAUCAACAUGCUCAUCACCGCAAAAGGUCAAGUUUUGAAUAGCGAGAUUUUGGGAGAGAUCAAGAUCAAGAGUCAUUUAAGUGGAAUGCCCGAUUUGCGGUUAGGAUUAAAUGAUAAAGGGAUAUUCACAUCAAAUAAUAAUGGAGCUGGAGGCGAGAACGGAGCAUCCAAUUCAGGAAAAAAUGUUGAGAUGGAAGAUAUCAAGUUCCAUCAAUGUGUUCGCUUGUCCAAGUUUGAGAAUGAAAAGAUUAUCACAUUCAUUCCACCUGAUGGCGAGUUUACACUAAUGUCAUACCGUUUAUCGCUGGCGCAGUUUUUAUCAAAACCAUUAAUCCUUGUUGAUUGUAAGACCAAGAUGCAUAAACAUUCAAGAAUUGAGAUUGUAUGUACUGUGAGGGCACAGAUCAAGAAAAAGUCUACAGCAAAUAAUGUCGAGGUCAUUAUCCCCAUCCCGGAUGACGCAGACUCGCCAAAGUUCAAUCCCGAAUAUGGCUCUGUUAAAUGGAUACCUGAAAAGUCAUGCCUCGUAUGGAAAUUAAAGACAUUCCCUGGUGGUAAGCUGUUCACAAUGAGUGCUGAGUUGGGUCUUCCUGCAGUGAUGGACGAUACCGAAAACAUUUUAAGCAAAAAGCCAAUCAAGGUCAAUUUCUCAAUUCCGUAUUUCACCACAAGUGGGAUCCAAGUUCGUUACCUCAGGAUCAAUGAACCAAAAUUACAAUACCAAUCAUAUCCUUGGGUUAGGUACAUUACGAAAUCUGGCGAGGAUUAUAUAGUACGAACUAGGUAA